AUGGAACGUCCCUCGUUUUUAGACCAAGAACCUCCACCAGGUUAUAUAGCAGGUGUUGGCAGAGGAGCAGUUGGAUUUUCAACAAGAGGUAGUAAAUUUCAACAGAAUAAUAAUGAAAACAAUGGUAGAAUACCGAAAAGGUUUCAAAAAUCUAAUCAAUUUAGUGGUACUGAUUCCCAUUCCAAAAGUAUUGAAGAAUUACAAGAUGAUAAAGAUGCAGAAGAUAUUUUUUCUGCCAUUGAUAAACGGUUACAAAAUAAAAAUAAAAAAUUAAAACGAUAUAAACAAGAAAAUGGGUUAAAAUAUGAUAAAAUGGCAGAUCAAUUUAGUGAUUUGAAAAGAGGAUUGAUGAAAAUCACUGAAGAUGAAUGGCUUAAUUUGCCUGAAAGUGGAGAUAUAACUAAAGUCAAUAAACGUCAACGAUUAGAAGAACAAUUGAAUCGUAAAAUGUAUGCGGCACCAGAUUCACUUUUGACAGAGAUGACAGGUGGUAAAACCUCUAAUGUAUCCAAUGUGAAUCUAACAAAAUUGACUGAAGAAAGAGAAAAAUUGUUGGGGAAACAAUUAGAUUUGAAUUUUCAAGAAGAAGAGGGACAGAAAAGUGAAAUGACAAACCAAUAUUUGAAUGAAUUGAAUACAUUACAACUUCAAAUGCAAAAUAAAUAUGAUAAUGUUGAAGAAGAUGAUGUGGCCAAGACAAGAUUAAUCUUAAAAUCAUAUCGUACUUCUGAUCCGUAUAAAUCCGAAGGGUGGAUCUCAUCAAGUCGAUUGGAGGAAAAAACAGGGAACUUGGAAUUGGCAAGACAAUUAAUUAUUCAAGGAUGUGAAUAUUGUGCUCGUGAUGGAGAUAUUUGGUUAGAAAACAUUCGAUUACAUUCUAAUGAUAUAGCGAAAUGUAAACAAAUUGUGACACAAGGGAUACGAUAUAAUUUGAAAAAUGUUAAAUUAUGGAUUAAAGCUAUGGAAUUGGAAAAAUUAUGUCUGAACCAAAAAAGAAUCUUGAGAAAGGCUAUAAUUAAAUUGCCUCAUGAAGAGAAAUUAUGGAAAUUGAUGAUAGAGAAGGAGGAUUCACCAGGGGAAUUGGAAAUGAUCAUGAAGAAAUCUGUGGAGAUGGUUCCUCAAUCUCUUGGAUUGUGGAUCAGCUUUAUUCGAUCAUUAAAUAAUUUUAAAGAAUCAAUAAAUUGGUUAAAUGUAGCCAGGAAGAAAUUACCCAAAGAACCAUUUCUUUGGAUUGUGGAGUUACAAAUGGAAGAGAAAUUCAAUAAAGAUGUUACCAUUUAUAAAUUGACUGAAAUCUUACAAAAUGGUUUCAAUUGUUUGAUAGAAAAUGGUGUUGAAUGGGAUUAUAGAUAUUGGAUUAAACAAGCAGAGAUAUUAAAGGAAUCAAAAGAGUAUGACAAGAGUGUGGAAGGUAUUGUUAGUAGUGUUGUUUGUUAUAAACCUCUUGAUCACAGUGAGUUGAUCAAAUAUUUUGAUGAGUUGGGUAAUACAAAUAUUCAAAUCAUUGGUUACGGGAAUAUACUUUUAAUGGAACCUACCAAAUUCCAACUUUGGCAAAAAUUAAAACAAGUUUGUUUGAAAUUGAACCAAUUGGAAUUGAUGUUUGAAAUUUAUGAUAAAAUCAUCUAUCAAGAGGGGAAGAUUAAUGAAUCAUUGAUCAAGACUCAAUCGAUUAUUGGAUUAAUGUACUGUAAAGAAUUGAUAAAAUUGGGGAAAAAUUUGAAAGCUUCUCAAACUAUUAAUGAAAUGGCCACCAUAUGUCCCGAUGAUUUACAAGUAUGGUUAGCAAAGAUUAAAACCGAUUUACUUAAUGGCAAUCAUGAUAUGGUGAAAGAGACGUUUAAUCAAUUGAUCAAAAAAUUCCCUCAUGAGGCAAGGGUUCAUUACAAAUAUAUUAAAUUUUUAAUCUUCAAGACUCAAUUGGAUCAAGCCAAGAUUCAUUUAAAAGAAUAUUGUUUGAUGAAAUUCCCUGGAAAUUUCAUAUUCUAUUUACAAUUAUCACAAAUCUAUGAACUCGAGAAAGAUUAUACUUCCAGCCAUGAGGUUUUGAAAAAGGGGAAUGACACAGUCAAAGACCAUUACUCUAUUAUAUGUAUCAAUUAUGCAAAGGUCAAUGAGAUUUUCCUACACCGUAUCUCCAUUGCCAGAUCUAUUUUGGAUCGUGGCAUUCUCAAGACUGAGGGUCAAGAACAAGAAUUGAUCCAAUGGAACAAGAUCCAAAUGGAACAACGUAAUGGCAAUCAAGAACAAUACGAAUUUUUAAUCUUUGAGAAUUUAAAACGGUUCCCUCAUAGUAGUUUAAUUUGGAGAGAACGAAUCUUACAAACGUUAAAUAAUAUGAACAGCGUCAAACGUCUCAAAACUAGUGAAAAAAGAAUGAUAUUCCAAGAUGCAUUAAGGGCUACCAAUAAUUCCAGUUUAAUAUUACAAACAAUUGGUGAAUCCUUCUUUAUAAACCAACCUCAAAACAAUGUCAACAACACAUUGCCAUUAUCUCAAAAUGAUGAUCUUUCAACAAUCAAUAAAGCCGUUAAAUGGUUUGAAAGAGCAUUAAAAUCAGAUCCACGUAAUGGAGAUGCUUGGAUUUGGUAUACAAGAUGCCUUUUACAAAUGCAAGCUACUCCAGAGACAAUCAAGGCUAAAUGCCUUUCACAAGUGGCUGAGCAUGAACCUAACAAAGGCACCCUAUGGCUACAAACUGCAAAGGACAUCCAGAACCCCUACCGGACACCAUCCCAGGUUCUGUCCGAGAUUUGCCGCAUGUGA